UAGAGGAUGGAUGUAACGAAGCAUAGUCAAAGUGUACAUUUUGCUGUGAACCGAUCUUACUUUUUUUCUGUUAUAGGACCGGCCUUGCGCGAAAUUUGUAUAGUGCCCUUAUUUUGAAUUAGACCAACACCAUAGACAGAUAGACUAGCACUACGAGUACGAGAACUCAAAGUCACCCCUCUGUCAUACUCUGUAUGACAGAGUGGUGACUUUGAGUUCUUGUAGUAAGUCUAUACACUACAGGCCUAGGCCUAGUAAACCAAAUUCCCAUGUUAUUCCAAUUCCCAAAAAAACAUGUUGAAUGACCAACAUUAUGAAGUGGCUGAGUGUUUGUGUUUGUUUACAGAGUGUAACGUCCAAUACGGUAUAGUCGCCAGGUCCCUAAUUUUGCCACCUGUUAAAAUCUGAUUGGUUUUUACAGUAGGCCUAAGUGGCGAAAUGCGGGACCUGCCGACUAUAGAUGGAUGUCACAUUAGCGCCAUCUGUGCAUAUCUGCAUCAAAACCGAUGCUCUCUGUGUUAAACUUCGUCGCGCGCACCCGCGGAGUCAACACAGUACAUGCAGUAUCCGGUGACCUUAGGACGGGGGCAAGAUGUUUCGGUGAUGCUUCUGUCAAAGAAGAAUCCACUAAUGUUGUCAAGAAAACAUGUCAUCUUUAAAGAGACAUCGAGGGGACAGUGGUCGGUCAUCGAUAAUAAGAGUCUCAAUGGUGUCCAAGUUAACUCAUCAAGAAUAAAGGCCCUGGAUCCCAAUCCUCUCAAAAACGGAGACCUUGUACAACUUGGAGUGUCUGCAGAUGGGGAGGACCAAGCGGAGUUUGUCUUCACAGUGACUCAUGAAAACCUUAGUCCGGAGGAAGCUUCGCAAAUCCUGGAUUCCUACAAUGCACAAAGGAACAGGCCAGCAGCAGGAAGAACAGAUAGUCGGAAGGAGAGCCAGGAGUCACAGCGAUUGGUCAGCAAAAGAACGAUUGAAAGUGGGGACGGCCUGGACCAGGGUAGGACAGACCAAGAGGAGAAAAAGAGGAAAGUGGAAUCUUAUCAGGCAACCAACACAGACAGGACAGAAGAUCCGGGCCCCUCCUCAGGGUUACCCUCAGCCAAGAGAACUAAAUUGUCUGCCGCUAGUGAAGAGGGAUUGUCAGCAAGGCUCAUCGAGGAGAGGAGACAGGCCGAGAGGAAAGCCGCAGAGGCUGAGGAGCAGUACCGGGAGCUGAGCCGGAUGCUGGCUGAGCAGCAGUCAGCCAGGGAACUCUUGGAAAAGCAGCUCAAGCAGAAGGAGCAAGACAUCAGUCGGGCCCUGGAGUCGGAGAAGGAAGAGCUGGAGAGCAAAAAGAAGCAGCUUCAGGAGGAGAUGGAGAAGGCCGUCAAUCAGCAAGUCCAGCAGAAGGAGCAGGUGCUCCAGCAGGAGCUGCAGAAGCAACAGGACGCUCUGGCCGAGGAGAAGCUUGCCCUGGAGAAGAAGCUGAAGGAUGAGUGGGAGAAGCGGAUGCUGGACCAGGAGAAGCAGCUCCGGGCGGUCCAGAUGCAGAUGAAGUCUACCCUUGAGGCCCAGGUCCAGGAGAAAGAGGCCGUCAUGAUGGAGCAGCUGAAGUCUCAGCGGGAGGAGCUUCUCAAGGAGAAGGCACGAGUGGAGAACAGCCUCCUGGAGGAAUGGAGCAAAAAGCUGGAGGAGAAGGAUAAAACACUCGGCCAAUUACAAGAGGAACUAAGGACCACCCUUGAGGAGGAGAUCAAGAGAAAAGAAGAAAUGAUGCUGGAGCAACUGCAGACACAGCGCGAAGCCCUUCAGAAUGAGAAGGCCAAAGUGGAACUGAGCCUGCAGAAGGAGCUGGAACGGAAGCUGGAGGAGAAAGACAAGGACCUGCAGGCUGGGCUGGAGAGGGAGAAGGCCAAACUGGAGGAGAUCAUCGCCAACAAAGAGAGGGAAUACUCUGAGCUGCAGACAGAGCUGACGGCAAGUCGACUUGAAAAGGAAGACCAAGAGGUUUGUAUUCAGAAGGCCAAAGAGGAGGCUCUACAGAACAUCACCGAUGUCAUGGAGAAUGAGCUACAGUGUAGCAUCUGCUCAGAGCUCUUCAUCAAGGCCACCACGCUGAACUGUUCCCACUCCUUCUGCCAAUUCUGCAUCGACACCUGGAUGAAACGUAAGCGGGAGUGCCCCGUCUGCCGCGCCCAGAUCACCGCCCGCAACCACUCCAUUGUGCUGGACAACUACAUUGACAAGAUGGUGGAGCGGCUGAGUGAGGAGAUGAAGCAGCGGCGCAGUGACAUUGUCCAAGAGAGAAAGACCGCCAGCGCCAAUCCCAGACCCUUGUCCCCAGUGCCCAUUGAGAUCUCCUCGGAGUUUGACAGUGAAGAGGUUAACCACAGUGAAAUCGACCACAGCGAGGAGGUAGGGGACAGCGACGAAGAGGAGGAGGACGAUGAUGGUGACGAUUACGCUUAUGGCAUCCGCGAGAGGGAGCGUUGCUUUGCUUGUGGAAGGAGGGGUCACUGGGCACGCUGGUGUCCAUACCGAUGAUGACUUUGAAACAAGAUGAAGAAAAUUCCACCCUAUGAGCUAUUGGGUUCCACAGAGACGGAGUCAGGAGUGAUGAUUCUUUGAAGGGCAGUGGAUGUUUAGUCUCUUGACAACCUCCCAACUGCCUUCAAAAGUAUUUUAGAACAAUUUGAAGAACAUCAAGGGUUCCUUUUUAAUGUUGGAUACCAGCCAAACCACUGGAGAGCUUUGGUGCUUUUAUUUCAGCCACUUUCAGCUAAUGAUAAAAUUCUGCGCAAUUAAGACUUCCAAGCCGCAUUUUAGUGUAACAGCUAUAACUUGGAAGCCAGGCUCCAGGUACAAAUAAGCCUUGUGUAUAUUUAUACUAAACUUGUCCUGGUGGCAUGUCCCUGGGUCUCUGUCAAUCUCUGCUGGAAUUACACAGCUACAACUGCAAUCCAAACACGGAUCUGUUGGAAACUGAUGUAGCCACUAGCUGGAGGCUUCCAUUGACAAAUGGUACUCAUAUAAAAAUGAAUGUAUAAAAUGUACAGAAUGGAAAAAUUAACAGUGAUGAGGACGUCCAGCAGUCCAACCGAUAAAUCCUCUGCCACAAUUUAUAUGGACAUGAACAACUACUCUCCUUUCUUUACAUUGUACGAGUUGGAAACUGCAUUUAUAUUUGUGGAAAUACAGAUAUACAGUUGAACGUCAAUACAAAGAGCACAAGGUUCCUGUUAUAACAAGGAAA